GCAGAUCUGCGGAUUCUCUUCGCGACCAGCAUGACGCCUCAAGAUAAGACUCUAAGCUAUCUCCGAUACUAGCGACACUCAAUUGAGCAGCAUCAGCGGCUAGACUAGCGAUACUUGUGAUCGUGCCCUCCGGACGUCCUCUCUUUCCCCCGCAUCACCACACACGCUUCUCUGCAGCAAAAAUCGAUUCAAGAUGCCCACAGCUACAGCAUCCACUUCUAGCGCCUCGACACGCCAUCUACGUUUUCGCGGCCACACCAACUUUCGUCAGCGUCUGAUUCUAUCAUGCUUGACCGGUCGACCGGUGCGCAUAGACGGUAUCCGUCCCGACGACACCGAGCCAGGCAUCCAAGAUUUCGAAGCUGGAUUCUUGAGGCUGAUAGAAAAGAUGACGAACGGAACAGUGGUGGAGAUCGGUUACACCGGUACUUCUGUCUCUCUUCGACCUGGCACCAUUUCGGGAGGAGAUGUGACGCAUGAUUGUGGGGUUUCCAGAAGUGUGGGCUACUACUUGGAAUGGAUCGCUGUGCUCGCGCCCUUUGCUAAAAAGGAGGUGCGCUUGACGCUGAAGGGCAUCACCACGGGAACAGGAGACGCAGGUGUCGACAUUCUACGCACAGUCACUCUACCGUUGCUCUCCCAAUUCUUGCCGGAAGGUACAGCAUUCGCGUCGCCCUUGGAGCUGCGCGUAAUUUCGAGAGGAAUGGCCCCGGGUGGAGGGGGUGCCGUACAAUUCAGAUCGCCGCUCUUGCCAACUACGAGCGGACUGAGAGCGCUGAACUUCAACGCUACUGGGAGAGUCAGGCGGAUACGCGGCGUAGCUAGCGCGGUGCGAGUCAGCCCAAACAUGGCCAGCAGGCUGGUGGAUAGCUCAAGAGGUGUGCUGGGCAGAUAUAUUCCUGAUCUGUACAUCUUUGCAGAUGUAUUUAGGGGAGAGGAGGCUGGACGCUCGCCGGGCUUUGCACUGUCACUGGUAUCGACGUCCACGACGGGUGCGCUUCAAUGUGCAGAAGUUUUGUCGACGCCAGGCACGCCACCCGAAGACGUGGCUGAGAAAGCCUCUCGCAGUCUCUUGAGCGAGAUAGCAUCCGGCGGCUGCGUGGGCCGACAGCACCAAGCCCACGCUUUGCUGCUCAUGGCUUGCGGUCCCGAAGACGUGUCCAAAAUCAGGUUGGGCGCUCUCACACCCACAGCUAUACAGAUGUUGAGGGACAUCAAGGAAUUCACAAGCGUCGUCUUCAAAAUUGCACACGCGGAACUUGCUGGUGGAUCUGCUGUGGGGCGGCCAAGCAAGGCGCAGGGUGAGACAGGGUCAGACAGCGAAGAGGAGGAAGAGCUGGAGGAAGAAGACAUUGAGACUGCACGGAUACAGCCUCAAGAGCUGAUUCUGACUUGCGUGGGUGUGGGCAUUCGCGGAGCACGCAAAGCAGCUUAGGACGAGCGUGACCCACCUGCGAAUCAUAUAUCACGUUCAACAAAUCCCGCGUCACUCUCGUGAGACCUUCAGCUUCUGCAGCUUCAAAGUCACAGACACAUGGCACUGAUGUAGUAGAGAUGAUGGAGACAGCACAUGCGCGAAUUUGAACACUCUGGUAUAGACACGU